ACACGAGUGAUGUUACUACAGGACCCGACCCGAUCUAUACAACCAUGGAGGAGACCACUGAGCCACCGACCACCCAUCUAGGGACAGGAACCACUUAUCCCACGACAUACACGAGUGAUGUUACUACAGGACCCGACCCGAUCUAUACAACUAGGGAGGAGACCACUGAGCCACCGACCACCCAUCUAGGGACAGGAACCACUUAUCCCACGACAUACACGAGUGAUGUUACUACAGGACCCGACCCCAUCUAUACAACCAGGGAGGAGACCACUGAGCCACCGACCACCCAUCUAGGGACAGGAACCACUUAUCCCACGACAUACACGAGUGAUGUUACUACAGGACCCGACCCCAUCUAUACAACCAGGGAGGAGACCACUGAGCCACCGACCACCCAUCUAGGGACAGGAACCACUUAUCCCACGACAUACACGAGUGAUGUUACUACAGGAACCGACCUGAUCUAUACAACCAGGGAGGAGACCACUGAGCCACCGACCACCCAUCUAGGGACAGGAACCACUUAUCCCACGACAUACACGAGUGAUGUUACUACAGCACCCGACUCGAUCUAUACAACCAGGGAGGAGACCACUGAGCCACCGACCACCCAUCUAGGGACAGGAACCACUUAUCCCAGUCCCGUGUCUUGUAGCCAGUAUGCCGCGUGCCCACCAUUCAGCUCAUGCACAGAUCAGACGUGUCACUGUCACCUGGGGUUAUAUUUCCACCAUCACCUGGGCUGUGUAACAGCUAGGACGUUCCCGGCACUGGUCUCCUCUGUCCUGCACCGGCAUCCAGGAUCACACAACGUGUCACACCGUGGAGGCAGUGUGGGUGAGGAACCCCAGAAGAAGACCUCUCAGAGGAACCGGAUCACCCAUGACGUGAGGGACUUGGUAAGUGAGGGAUUUAUGAAGAGUGCAGGGUUAUGGUGA